AUGGCGGAGGUGGCACCCGAGUACGAGUCUGCGGAGCUGUGCACGCGCGCGUUCCGCGUGGAUGCGCUAGGCCGCGGGUGGCGGCGGCAGCUCGGCGCGCCCGACCUCUCACUGGCCGAGGCGCAGGAGGAGAAGGAGGAGGCAGACGCGGCCGUGGCGGCGGAGCUGGGCUGCGCGGCGGACACGGCGGCCGAGCUGCGCGCCGUCUGCAGCAUUGAUAUGUUAAUGUCUUCUGAUAAAGAAGAGGACCCAGAUGUUAUUUCUGAAGAUAGCAGUCUGCUAACUCUUCGAAUUAGAAAGAAGGCCUUAGAGAGGAGAGGAGAAACAAUUAUUGUGGAUCGGGCUUGCAGACAAGAAACUCUUGCCUAUGAGAUGGAGUCACAUGCAAUUGGAAAGAGGCCAGACAAUCCAACAGAUAUAGUUGAGGAAGGAGAACUACUUUUAACUCUGAACAUCUUCUAUCCUGUUAUAUUUCAGAAGCAUAAAGAUCACAAACCCUAUCAAACAGUCCUUGUACUGGGCAGCCAGAAGCUCACUGAGCUGAGAGACUCGAUUUCUUGUGUCAGUGACCUCCAGAUAGGUGGUGAGUUCAGUAGUCAGCCAGACCAAGCACCAGAACACAUCAGCAAGGAUCUCUACAAAUCUGCUUUCUUCUAUUUUGAAGGCAUCUUCUAUAAUGAUAGAAGAUACCCAGAGUGCAGAGAUCUGAGCAGAACAAUUAUAGAGUGGUCAGAAUCUCAUGACAGAGGCUAUGAAAAUCUUCAGUCUGUUAAAAUGGAGGACUAUGUAUUUAAUGAUGUGUCCCUUAAAAUUGGCUUUCCAUACCUUUUCUGCCACCAAGGGAACUGUGAGCACAUCAUUAUAAUCACAGAUAUAAGGCUCAUUCAUCGUGAUGACUGUCUGGACAGGAACCUAUAUCCCUUGCUAAUCAAGAAACACUGGCUAUGUACCAGAAAAUGCUUUGUGUGCAAAAUGUACACAGCAAGGUGGGUAACCAACAGAGACAGUCUGGCACCAGAGGAUCCUUGUUUCUUCUGUGAUGUUUGUUUUCGGAUGCUCCAUUACGAUGCAGAAGGCAAUAAACUGGGGGAGUUUCUUGCAUAUCCUUAUGUUGAUCCUGGGAUUUUCAACUGAAACUGCCGUGUGCCAGAGUGAAUUCAGUGAAACUACAUUGUUGAAUCUGUUGGUCUGGCUGUUAAAACCACUGGAGAGCUUGAGUUUUGAGCAUACUGCUGGGUUUUGGGUUAGGUUUGUAACCACCUGAGGUGGAAGGAGCCCUUUGCACUUGAAGUCGUUCUGUUAUGCUUUCUGAUUGUAAAAGUUAAGUUAGCAUGGAAAAAUAUAAUACACUUUUACAACAUUACAGCACUAAAAAUACAGAUGUUUAAGAAGAGAAUGCCUGGCAAAAGAGCCAUGAUUUUGAGAAGUUCUGUGCAUCCAAGGAUCUGUAAACCUCCCAGGAUGAGAACAUGGACAUCUUACCUUGAAAACUCAUCAUCUAUGAACAAGGGUGCAGGGCACUGAAUUUGUAGGGAGGAGAAUGCUUUCUGAGAAAGCAGCUCAGAAUGGAUGGUUAAAUUCUUGGGUCUUGCCUGCAAAUGGGGGUGCUUGUAAUCUGUAAACUACUGCUGUCUGCGGUUUGUGACUCUGAGGACUCAUUCUGUGAAGAGUAAACUACAUUUCACUGAUUAAUGAACUGUAGCCUGCCUUUCAAAUAAUUUUGUUAACUGUUUACAGUGCACAGUGUUCACUGUGCGCUUUUUUUUAAGUAUCAUUCUGUUACUGUAAGUAAUGACAUUUUUUAUUAAAAUGUGACCAAUUUGUACUUCCUGUAGUCUGAUGUUAAGCUGAAGCUCUGUCAAGACAGAAUGUACUUUUUUUUUAAAGUCUUCUGGAAUUAAGAGGAUUAUUACUGGAGUUCUUUGCAAGUUAGGAAAGUUUGUAGUGCUAACUGCUUUUCUUUUGAAAACCUCAGCUAAUUCUCGUUAGUGUAAAGACAGCUUACUCUGACAAUCUGCAUACAGCAAAGUGACAAACUGAAUUCUGUUCAGGUCCUGUAGCUGCAGAUUCUGCCAGAGCUUACUUGAUUAUCUUAGAUGUCCUGAAACAAAGGUAUCUUGAGCAUUUGCAGGACUCCAGUGAUCACUCACAUACCUCUCUGCUUUCUGGUGGUGUAUUAGGUCACAUGAAUAUAAAUCUGUGCUUUUUUUAGGAACAAAAGAAAAAAGGUUAGUUUUUUUUUUCUGCUUGUAAGCCAGCCAGCUGUUGGUCUAUGUAUUUUAGUACAUCAAGCACUGAUAACAGCAGGUGGUGAUAGUUCUUUUAUCCUACAGGAAUCUGCAAAAAACAGAGUGCCUUGCCCACCACAACUGUUGCAAGUUCAGCUGUUGAAGCUAGACUGCUUUGUGGUGCUGAUGUUUAAAAAAGCCCCCGCAACAGAGCUCUGGUUGCAACUGCAACUUCAGUAUUUGCCUCAUAAGCUGCUACUCUUCAUCUCUCCCCCACCACCUCCUCUUUCAGCUGUCUCCCAGAAAUAUAUGGACUUCCCAGUCCUCUUCAGUGGAUCUUGGAUCAUAAAGACAGCAUAAUUUCUAAAUAUAUUGUUUGCUUGUUUGAUGGCUUCUUAUGCUGAGUUCAGCAUAAGUUCUGUGCAGUCAGGUUUUUGUCUGGGGGUUUCUUCCUUUAGCUGUAGGCAAAAGGGAGUGGCCAAAAUGUGAAUUUAUUCUUUCAUUAAAAUAAUUUGCCUCAGUAUGCUCUCUCACCCAACCCACUUACCUUCUUUCCAUUAAAAAAGUUGCUGUCAAAUAUAUUUCAUAAUUGGUGUCCCUGCAAAUUAAGAAAUUUUAGAGGGCCAGUGCCAUACUUCCAGUCAGGCAGAGAGAAGCUGGCUACACUCUGGGUGUGGGAGU